UUAUUAUGUUUUCUGGUGUAGAAUGAACAAUAUUUUUAUAAGCAAUUAUCGAAAAUAAAUUAGAAUAAAAAACUUAGCACAUAUUGCGAAAAACUCACUGUACCAAUACUUCUUUUCGGCACUGUAUGUAUGUAUAUGUGCACAUAAGUUUGUAUGCCAGUUUGUUGUAAAUUCGACAUAAAAAUUAAAAAUAAGAUAAACCAUGAUAAAACCACAAGUUCAGUUGCGAGAGGUUUGCUUGUCAGCAAACAUCGCUAGUAGCCAGUCCAUCAAUAAAACAGUCUGCUUGCGUUAUACACCCGGCGGGUUUUUGUUCGUUUUAUAUUAUCUAAUAGUUGUAGUGGCCGAUGAAAAAUAUAGUGCAAUUUACAGAAAUUCAUUGACAAAGAACCAGCUACAAAAUUACUAAAGAAAAAACAAAAACAAAAAACAAAAACAAUAUACAUAUGUAAAAUGAAUUAAUGUACAAUAAUCACAAAUCUUAAAAAAGUAAUGUGACUCAGACUGAAUUGUGUGUUGAGGUAAUCAAGUGUGUAAAUCAAAACGUACUUCAAGGCAAACACCGGCUAAAAUCGAAUUUAUAUUGUGUAUUAGAUCCGAACAUUCUGCUAGAUUAAGUGUGAGGCCAACACUCGCAAAGAGUUUCGAAGGACUGAACAAACGCGUUAUGUACGACUCUAUGUUUUACUACCUCUCGAAUAUGCCACGCUGGCAUGUAGUGGCAUUUGCGUUCGGUGCUUACGUUGUCUACUACUUUAUAGAGGUAGUUAAGCGUCCGAUACUUGCCUGCACCGAUGGUGCAUUCAAAGAGUUUCUUCAGCAAAACAUUCCAACACUAGAAAUGAAAUUUUGGCCCACAUUCUGGUGUGUGGAGAGUAGAGCACAAACGAUUUUUGCGAGCUUACUACGAUCGCAAAUUAUACCCAACAUAAAUUAUAGAAGAGAAAUUUUCCCACUCAAAGAUGGUGGUGAAGUCGCUUUGGAUUGGUUGGAUAGAGGUUGUCAUGCUAAUGCGCCCUGCAUUAUUAUCCUACCGGGUCUGACAGGGGAAUCCCAAGCAGAAUACAUCAAAUGCCUUGUCAUGGCAGCCAAUGAUGCAGGCAUGCGUGUAGUCGUAUUCAACAACCGUGGCUUAGGUGGCAUUGAACUCAAAACCCCGCGUCUUUAUUGCGCAUCUAAUUGUGAAGACCUCUCGGAAAUUGUACAUCAUGUGCGCAAAAUUAUUCCCGCGCAUUGUAAGUUAGGCGCUACUGGCAUUUCAAUGGGGGGCUUGAUUUUAGGCAAUUACCUGGUACGUAAAAGUGAGGAGGCGCACUCUUGUUUAACGGCUGCUAAAAUCAUUUCGGCUCCUUGGGAUGUUCAUAAAGGAACUAUUAGUAUAGAGAAACCUAUAUUAAAUAGUUUAUUGGGUCGUCACUUGACCUAUAGCCUUUGUCGCACUCUCGACAAUUGUAAGAUUUACAAGGAUCAGGAUAUUGAUUUGGAUCGUAUAAUGUCGUCUAAAACAAUAAAGGAAUUUGACGCACACUUCACCUCUAAACAGUUUGGCUAUGCACAUGUUGACGAUUAUUAUAGCGACGCAACGUUACACAACAAACUACAUUACAUAUCGGUGCCUUUGUUGUGUCUCAGUGCCGCCGAUGAUCCAUUCCAACCAUUAGACGCCAUUCCUAUCAAGGCCGCCGAAGAGAGUACUCAUGUGGCAAUCGUUGUGACCGCACGUGGAGGACAUAUUGGCUUCCUCGAAGGUUGGUGGCCAUCACUAAAAGAACAAUAUAUGGGCCGACUUUUCGCUGAAUUCUUUACGAAAGCACUAUUCGAUGAAGAUGGCCAUUUCGAACGCACCAGCAGUGAGCUGUUUCAACGCUUUAUAGCUAAAAAUAUAUCACCACUAGAAUCAGCAACACCAACCGCAGUUUCGAAAGCUAACACACCGUUAUUAAGCACCGAAGAGUUGUUGGAAAACUUCAGAGAAAUGUAGUUGGAACAUAGGGUGUUCGUCAAAGAGUUUGAUAGUGCCACUUCGGCAAGAACAAAUUUGCGGGAUCAUAGUGUUUGUAGUCCUCGUGAAACUGGCAAGUGAUACGAAACAUAAGAGUGGCAUUUUCACACUUCAACGAUUAUGUGCAAUAAAAUAAAUGUGAUCAACAAAAAGGAAAAUCGAUUCUAAAAUUACAUAUCAGUGGACUUUUGGCUAAAUAAUUUACUUACUUCGCUUUAGUAGUUAUUGUGUGUGGACCUCCUACUGGUCUUUAGAAGAAAAAUUUCUAUGUUAGAUAUGUAGAUGUGAGUCUCGCUGUUAAAAAAUAUAUUAUUAGCCUGUAGAAAGUAAAAAAUUGUUUUCUCAAAAGUCCUUAGAUAUAUACAUACAUACCAAACAAGUAAAUGUAAAGAUAAAUAAAAGAUAUUUAUUUAUUUUUGAGAAUAGAAAAAAUUCCCAGUGGUUAUGCAAUAAUAAAUUGAAAAUAACUGUUAAACCGUUAGCCCCUGUUAAAAAUUAGUAAUAAUAGGCAAUUUAACUUGUUUUAACUCUAAAAAAAAAAUUCAAAUUACUCAAUAAUUUAUAUUUUACCUAAAAGGCAGAAUGUGCAUUUCUAUGCAGUUGAGUAUAAUAGGACGUUUAUGCUGAAAGAUAAAUAUUCAUUUAGCUAAAAAACAAUGCAACUAAAUGAUAUCCCAAAAGCAACUGAGCAUUCUUCGAAAAAUACCAGGAUUCGAAUAUGGUUUCAUGAAAAAAGUGGAAUCAUUGCUGAAAAUAUAAAAUAAUGAAAAUGGCAAUAUAAAAUAAGGA